UCUUUAAACAUCAGUUGCUUUGUAUAUCUUAAUGAAUUGAUUUAAAUAUUGUGCAUUUAUUUACUAACAGUUCAGGCAUCGAUAUAGAAUCUAACUGCAAUAUACUUUACAAAGGUCUGUCAAGAUGUUAUAACCAAAGAAUCAGAAAAUACAGCAUCAUCAGAAAUCAAGAUGAAUUCCACAGAGGACUAUGUUGCGGAAUAUAUUGAGAGAAUCUGUUAUAAUUAUCUUGGACCAACUAUUUGUAUUAUAGGAAUUCUCAGUAAUAUUCUUAACCUCUUAAUUUUAACAGAGCGCUCUUUAAAGGAGUCCCCCUAUUCAUAUCUCACUGCAAUGGCCGUAACAGAUCUAUGCGCUCUAUUCCAGGCACUUCUCUUCAUGCUGUUCUCAAAAAAUAAUCCCACCAGUUAUUACUGGAAGUUUUACGAUGCUCACAUCUUUUAUCCAAUCAUCAACAUUUGUACAAAUUCAAGUGUCUGGUUGAUAGUGCUUUUAACAGUGGAACGUUUUUUAUUUGUACGUUUUCCAUUCUGGGGUAAAGUUAAUUUAAAUCGAAAAGGGUCUCAUAUAAAGAUUGCUCUUGUUAUGGUUAUUAUGGUGAUCAUAAACAUUCCACGAUUCCUGACUUUUACAGUUAUGUAUCUACCAGAAAAAAACGUAUACGUUCUCCAUUCACGACCUUUCCGACACAGUAAUGUAAAUUAUGCCAUCAGUUGGUUUUACAGUACAGUCAUCAAUUUCAUUCCACUGUUUGUUCUGUGUAUAUCAAAUAUUUAUCUAUUAGUUGCUGUUCAUCAAGCUAGAUCACAUCGCAAACUUCUAACCAAUCAGAAUAAUAACAAAAAUACUUGGCAUCGAGAUCAAAUGCGACUGACAAUUACCCUCAUCAGUAUUGUCUUUCUUUUCAUAGCAUGUAUCCUGCCAAAUGCUUUUUCUGAUCGACCAGUGGCCCAUGCUUUGUUUGGGAAAGAGGGGGAAUCUAUUAAAGACUUUGGUAGCAAUUCCAGAUCAUAUCGAAUCCUUCAAGUACUCACCAACUUUUUACUUUGGUGUAAUCUUUCAUUAAAUUUUGUUCUCUAUUGUGCUUUUAACACCAAGUUUGUUCAAGUAUUCAAAAAAAUGUUGAAUCGCUGGGCCAAGAAAAUCCACGAUAAAACUGAAGCUAUGACAUCAUUCCAAGCUGGUGAAAUGAACUCAUCAGAACUGAGCCUUGGUCACCGGCAAACACAUCUGUCCCUAACGCGAACCACCUGAUGUGAGGAAGAACGAGAAGCUGAACAGAAUAACUGUAUCAUGAUGACAAAUCUGAGCUGUGUUAGACAUAGUGAUACGCAUCAAGAUAUCACGAAAGGAUGUUCUGUUUAGUUGUCUUGUUCAAAGUAAAAUCUAGCAAAGUGACCAACCAAUAUAGUGUGGACUUUCAAGCAGCUCGAAUGCAUAGCCGAAUGACACAAAAGUAAAGGACAUAAUCAAUCCAAAUUAACUGUUUUCAUACAAAACAAACCGAGUGAAUGACAAAUUUUAUUUUGAAUUGAUAUACUAUAUAGAUCUUAUAUGAGAUAUAACUAUAUUCCAAAAGUGCUUUGAGGUGUAUGAGAAAGAGAGAGAGAGAAAGAGAGAGAGAGAGUUUAACUCCACUUGAAACAAACUAUGGUUCAAAUUAAAUUUCAAUAAUUCGCUUGCGCGUAAGGGUCUUUAGCAGCGGGAGGAAACCGGACAACCCAGAGAAAACCCACAAGGUUGGGCAGGCCACCCUACUCCUUGUCACGUACAACCAGGGAAUCGAAAUGACACCAGUUUACUCAAUGACAGACCUUAUGAUACAAAAUGCACGCACUAACCAAUCUAAAAGUGUUACUUGGAUCAUGCUUUUCAAUAUUAUUGUAAAGACCUACAUAUCGAAGGAUAAAUAAAGAUAAACGGGACAGUGCUAGCCCCCUUAAAUACCAACAAAUAGCAUACAUAGAAGCUAUAAUAAUGCCAAAACUAUUUAAAAUGGCACCAAAAAUCCUGAUGUGUAUCACAUUCACAAGCUUUAGAAGUUGAAUUAAAAAUGAAGAGAACACGUGUGAUGCCAAUCAAACAACAUUGGUACAGACAUUUCAUAAACCAAAAUGGUCAGUGAUUAUGUGUGUAGAAUAUAUAUAACUCAACUUUAUGGAUAGAUUGAAGGAUAUCUAUAAACUCAUACUAUAGAUUAUGAAAAGCUGUGAUUCCGCUAAAAACCCCAGCUCCAUAAUGGUUCUUUCAAACCUUUUUAUAGUACAUUAGUAAAUGUACAAGGCACAGUGCCUUUUCUGACAAUUUAUGUAUGGAAAAUAGAGAGAUUUGUGAGAUUUAAUCCAGCCAGAUAUGUUGCUUUAAUCAAUACGAAACAUUCUCAUUACUAGAUUGUAGAUACUUUAUUGGCUUAAUCACCAAAUUUAUGACCAAUGAGAUGUUUGAGAGUUUCCGUCAAGAUUCUGUUCAAAACAACCAUGGAUAUGAACUUAUCCUUUCUAUUAUGUACCUUUAAUAUAUUUAUAAACAAUGUUGGUGUCUAUAUACCUAUAUCUACCUCAACUCUUCAUCAAAAUUUCGCACAAGCUUAGUAAUAUUCACACUAAUAUUUAACUUUAUAUAUUCUACAAUAUCCUAAAUCAUAUUUCAUAAAAGUUGCAUAAAGAAAAUAUCUAUAUAGAUAUAAGGCCAAGCCAAUUUGAUUUUCAGUUCUUUGGGGUCUGGGGAUCACGUCGGCUAAGUGGGUUAGGCGCUGGCUCGCUAGCCUGGAGGUUGGGUGUUCAAUCCCUGCAUUGGCAGAGAAAGUUCAUCCAGAUUUUCCGGCGUGGUUUUCCCUUGUCAGUGAUGCAGGACGGAGGGCCUGACAAGGACAGCUGUCUAAUCAUUUGGAUGAGACAAAAAAACGAGGUCCCGUGUACACAUUGGCGUGCACAUAAAAGAUCCCUUGACAGUUGGAAUUCGAUGUAAGAGUAGGCCGUAGUGCUGCUGUCCGGGCAAAAUUUCCCUCAUAGCACACUAUGCCGUAUGCUUGUCUUCAUUAGCCCAGUUCGGAUCAAAACAGUAGGACGUUAAAUAUGAUUUCAUUUCAUUUCAU